AUGGCCCGAAUACGAGAUGUAUGGGCCUCAAAUAUCGAGAUUGAAAUGCGUAAUAUACGCGAUGUUAUCGACAGAUACCCGUAUGUCGCAAUGGACACGGAGUUUCCUGGUGUCGUAGCAAGACCCAUUGGAACGUUCAAGACCUCGUCCGACUACCAUUACCAAACGAUGCGCUGCAACGUAGACUUGUUGAAGAUCAUCCAGGUUGGCCUCACAUUGGCCGACGAGGAGGGACAUAAUCCGCCUGAAUGCUCGACUUGGCAGUUCAAUUUCAAGUUUAGCCUUGCGGAGGACAUGUUCGCACCGGAUUCGGUGGAGUUGCUUCAAAAGUCUGGAAUCAACUUUGAGCUACAUGAACGUGAAGGGAUCUUGCCCAAUGAUUUUGCGGAGCUUAUGAUCACGUCAGGCCUAGUUCUGACAGACGAGACAAAGUGGAUAUCGUUUCACAGUGGCUACGAUUUUGGAUACUUCGUCAAGCUGCUUACAGCACAGUCGUUACCGACAUCCGAGGAUGAUUUCUUUGCGCUGUUGAAGAUCUGGUUCCCGACUGUGUACGAUAUCAAGUUCCUCAUGCGGGCCGCGAAGAACCUCAAAGGCGGCCUGCAAGACGUCGCAGACGACCUAGGCGUCAUGCGGAUAGGAUCCAGCCACCAAGCCGGAUCAGACUCCCUCCUCACCUCCUCCACCUUCUUCAAAAUGCGCGAAAUCUACUUCAACGACCAGAUCGACGACGCCGAGUAUUCUGGGAAGCUCUACGGCCUCGGACAGACGUUUUCGCUCACGAAUGGGUUGACGGAUCACGGGCGGGGUGGGGCGACGAUUGCGGAGAGGGAUGAUAGGGGGUCGUCGGUGGUGAGGGAUGGGAGCCAGCAUGGGCAUAAUGGGACGCCUGGGCCUGGGUCAGCGGGUGCGCCGCAGACGCCCGGGAUGUUGCCGUUGGGGCCUAUGCAGGCGGGUGGACCGAUGCAGGCUGCUAUGAACCAGGCGGGGUAUGGGCCGUUGGGUGCAAAUGGACCUUUUGGACUAAGAUCGUCGCUGGUUGGUGGUGGGCGGUAG